UAUAAAUAAGCCGCGUAGUAACAACACGCCUGUGUUUUCUUCGCACAUCCUCACACUGUCCAGUCGAUAGAUCUGCUUCAUUCACCAUCACACAAUAUCAUCCAGCGAUCGAUGGCAGCAGCAGCAGUCGUAGGAGGCUUUGAUGAGGAGGCACAGCGACAGCUACGAGACGAAAUCCAAGUGCAGCUACAGCAGUAUCAUGGACCAGCUCUUCGCACGGUACACACGGUCCAAUACACCUUAAUGGAACAAGGGAGCUUGUCGGCCCCGCACCAUGUGUGGAUUGGCCCUAGCCGGUGGAGCCGUGACCCUGAAGUAGGAAUCCUAAACAGGGUGGAUGAGAAGCACCUGUGCCUCAAAUGGUUGUUGGUUGAUGGACCCGGCAACAAUAAUAACGGUCGUCGUCGACGUUUGUUGUUAGAGCUGAUUAAAGGUGUGAAUGAGAAGCUGGGUAAUCACGGCUCAUGUGAGGGGCUGUCGCGAAAGGAGUUGGUGAAGAGGAUGCUCCUUGAUGGAUGCUACAUCGUCUACAGAUUUGCAAAAUGUCCUCCCAAGGACAACAUCCCUUGGUGGAACCAUGGUGGUGGUCAUGGCCUGCUCCACACGAUGCUUGUUGGUCCUUGUUGCCGCCUCAUCACCAACUGCGCAUGCAUCAUGGAUAGGAUAAGAGGAGUCCACAACACUACUAGUCGUAGUGAUGUAGAGGCUGCCGCCGCCGGCAGUCGUCAGAUGCAGCCGCUUGGUGCAUCAUCAGGAGGAGGAGCCACCGCGGCGGCGCAAGCACAGCCGCGGGUUGGUGGUGACUUAUUGGCCAGGUGGUUGGAGUGUCGUGACACAUGGUGUCUGGUGGACAACCAUGUACCAUACGAUGUGCUGGACGUGAUCAACCAUCUGGUGUACAAUGCCCCGGAAGGAGUGUUCGGAGGAGCAUCAGCGCGGAUCCUGCUGCAGUGGUGGUCCAUGUACUACUACGUGCCGCCAUUACAGCAGCAGGAGACGAACCCGCCGCCGCCAGCAGUCUACUACAACGUCCCCAGAGACACGGUGCAGGCGGCUGGGGACGACGCUAACUGUCUCCUUAUCAUACUGGCCCAAUUGUUGAAACCACAAGAAGGUUCAUCAUUGUUGCUGCAGCAGCCGCAGCAGCAGCAGCAGCAGCAGCAGCAGCAGCAGCAGCCGUUGUUGCUGUACGGGUGGCGCCGGGCUACGGAGUACGUCCGCCAUUGCAACGCGCGGUUCGUCGCCUCACCGCUCGACGCCACGCAACGGCGGUUCACCUUGCUCGACGUGACGGCCACCGUCCGCCGCAGCUGCUGGUACACCAUCGAUGUGCAGGUCCCUCCCCUCAUCAUCGACGACACCACUUUGGCGCUGCUGCGGAGCCUCGUCCAACUGGAGCAGCGGGGGAUCACCGCGCACCGCUAUGUCACGGCCUACUGUCUCUUCAUGCAGAUGAUAGCAGGCAAGGCGGAGGACGUGGAGCUCCUCAAGAGAAAGGGUAUCAUCGUCGACCUCCGAACAGAACCCAAUGACGUGGUCACAGGUUUGGGGAAGGUAGUGCAGAUCGGCCACAUCGGGGACGCAGACACCUACUACCUCUUGCCCAUCCAGCAGGAGCUCGAGAGGCGCUACAACAGCACCGUCCACAGUUGCUUGUCAUGGUUCCAUGUCAGCUUCUGGACCAAGCCACGAGUCCUGACUCUCAUCACCAUCUUGCUCGCCGUGGCAGCUCUUUUCUAUGCAGCUAUCACCUACCACCACCCGACAGCGGCGGCAGCAGCACCCGCGCCACAUCGUCCCAGCGGUCGUCCCUAGCUAGCUAGCAACAAGCAGGCUAGCUAGCUAGGACGGACGACGAUGCAUGGAUAUAUAUGGUAUACCGGCCGUGUGGCAGUAUGCAGACAAUUAAUAAUCUUUUUUCCUUUUUUUUGGUUAUCACUUAUCAUAAGUAUGUAUGCUAUAAUGCUGGUUUUUCUAUAUAUCAACAUAUUU